AUGGCUGCUACAGUCGUCACACAAUUCGAGACCGGUCACCAGGAUGCGAUCCACGAUGCAGCCUACGAUUACUACGGUAAGCGCCUGGCAACCUGCUCCAGCGAUCGCGGCAUCAAGGUGUUCGAGAUCGAGGGCGAGCAGGUGACGCACUUGGCGGACCUGCACGGCCACGACGGCCCGGUGUGGGAGGUGGCCUGGGCGCACCCCUCCUUCGGCACCCUGCUGGCCUCCGCCAGCUUCGACGGGCGCGUGGCGGUGUGGGGCGAGGUCUCCCCCGCCUCCUGGCAGCAGGUGCACCUCUCCGCCGCGCACUCGGCCUCGGUCAAUUCCGUGGCCUGGGCGCCUCCCGAGCGCGGCCUGAUGCUGGCGGCCGCCUCCAGCGACGGCGCGCUCAGCGUGCACAGCGCGACUGCCGACGGCGGCUGGGCCGCGGAGCGCCUGGAAGGCGCGCACCCGCCCGGCGCCGCCGCGGUGUCCUGGUCGCCGGACGGCCUGCGCUUGGUCAGCGGCGGCUGCGACGGCGUCGCGCGCGUCUGGCGGCGCAGCGCCUCCACCGGCGCCUGGGCCCAGGAGGGUCCUGCGCUGGCCGGCCACGCUGACUGGGACGGGCGGGUGUACGUCUGGAGCGAGGCGGCGCCGGGGCGCUGGGACUGCGCCCUGCUCCACGACUUUUCCCCGGCGCCCGUCUGGCGCCUCAGCUGGGCGGUCAGCGGCAACGUGCUGGCCGUCACGGACGGCACCAAUGCCGUCACGCUGUGGAAGGAGGCGCUGGAGGGGCAGUGGGAGAAGCUGGGCGGCGAAACGUACGCGUGA